GUAAAAUGGUGCCUCUGUGGCAGAGUUGCGCUGGGCUCCGAGAGGUGAAGCGGGCCCCUCUGUCCCCAGAGACCCUCAAGCGGAGGGUUGGCGUGGCUCCUGGCACCUUGCCGCGAAGACACUGGCACAAGAUGUUGGUUCUGUUAUCCAGUGAAGGAGCUAGAGCGGAGCCAGGAGCGUCUCUUGGCAAGGGAGGGGAGACAGCGCCAUGGCAGAGCUUGAAGGACGAGCGGGAUUGCAAUUCUGUUGAAAAAUGAAUCAGCCAUCGUAACGCUGGUUUAGUGCUGAAUAUUCCCCGCAAAACCCCUGGCAGGAGAGUGAGCACAGCGGUGGAGGGCGUGGGGAGGCUGAUCUGGUGUUGCACAGGGACCUGAAAGGACCUGAGGAAAAUGCAGGCCUUGAUUCCCAGCUAAGAUGCCCUACGCUUGGAGGCCAGAAGGAAGGAGGCUGAAUUUAAACGACCCGCUACACAACCCCUAUAUUUUCUUCAUGCUCUGUCCUACCGACAGCACGCUCCGCCGGGAUGCGGUAGGGCCUGUACGGCGCAGCGCAUUCCGCGCGUGCUCCUGCCCCUCCUCUAUGUUGGCCCCAAGUAAGUACCCAGGUCUUGCACCAUUUCUACCCCAGGAGGGCCCCAGACUCAAAGGCACGGCUCCAUCUUUUUAAGGCCACUUCAUGUGCGGCACAGAGGAUUCCUGCCCGGUACCCAACCUGUUCUGUCACACCCCAGGCCAGCAAGGGCUAAGAGUGCCCUCUGCUGCACUCCUUCCCCUCGUCUUUCCAUGGCUGCAUUCUGCUUGCUCUUUGGGAACAAACAAAAUUAUUUUAAUACACAAAACAAAUCUUUCAUAUUCUAAAGGUCUUUUUGUGCAGGCUGUGCAGAAGCCUGGUUCUGUAUUUCAGCAGCAAACAGAAAAGAUCAUGCCCCGAGAUAAAAAUGUGUGAUAUCCUGCAUCAGCCCCAAUGUGCAGAUAAAACACUACAGGGAACUGCUGUCCUUUAUCAAUAAUCUUCACCCUGUAGCUUUUCAUUGCCUUGUAAAACAAACAGCUCCUCGGUGCAGGAGUUCAGACAGAGGUCUUUAUAGUCAUGAAACUUUCAUUUCUCGGAGCUGGCAGGAGCAAGCGCUGGUGAUGCACGGUCAGUAUGGUACCUAAUUGCGCCUAACAGCGCUGAACUUUCCAUCUCUCCCUCCUGUUCAAAGGGGAAUUGAGCACCACAAAGCUCUGCUUAUUUAAGUCCUCAGCUCUUGCAGCCAACAAGGAAUGGAGGUAGGUAGGGAAAGGGGGGCUGUGUCAAGAAAGCUGUCCCAGGCUUCAUACUUUCGGAGUUAAAAAGAGGAAAAAUUAAAAAAUAAUAAUACCGGGAUUUGAUUUAUCCACGUGGAAAGUAACCAAGCUGCAGGCUGUGCCGGCAGCCCCGUAACCGCCAGGGCCACAGGAAUCUGCUCAUGUUCCCUGGAAUUUGGACAUUUUUUGUUGCACCCAUUUCAGCUUGCUUUCCAGAUUGUCACUCAAGCGCGGGGCACGCCCCCUCCAGGAGGCUAUUUAAAGAGGAGCUGGUGUGCAACUUUCUCCAGAGAGGAGAAACUCCGAAGGAGAAGGAGUGAGUCAGUCAGCAGCCUGAAUCCCUCCCUUCCCUUUACUCGGGAUGUCUGGCAACAUGGGGGCAGUGACCUGGACCCUGUUCCUCCUCCUCCUCCUCCUCCUUGCACCUGGCUGGGUAGAACCGCAGGCCUGCACGUACCCAUGCCAGUGUCCCUCCCAGCCGCUGCAGUGCCCCGCUGGCACCAGCCAUGUGUUGGAUGCCUGUGGUUGCUGCAAAGUGUGUGCCAGGCAGCUUGGCGAGCUCUGCUCCCCGCAGAAACCCUGUGAUCAUCACAAGGGACUCUACUGCGACUUCUCCAAAAUCCACAGAGGCAGCGGGAUCUGCUUAGCUCACGAGGGUGCAACUUGUGACCUGCUGGGCAAGAUCUACCACAACGGGGAGAGCUUCCAGCCCACCUGCAAGCUGCAGUGCAUCUGCAUGGACGGGGCCAUCGGCUGCAUCCCCCUCUGCUCCGACGACCUCCGGCUGCCGUCCCCCGAGUGCCCCAACCCCCGGCGGGUGAAGUUCCGCAAUAAGUGCUGCGAAGAGUGGAUCUGCGAGGAGGGCAGCGAGGAAAACCGCUUCGAAACAGCCAUGGCGGUUUUCAGGGAGGAUCCAGCCCAGAAGCCGGAGCUGAAUGACCUGCAGGAGAACUGCUUGGUGCAGACCACCGAGUGGAGCGCUUGCUCCAAGAGCUGCGGCAUGGGCAUCUCUGCCCGAGUGACCAACGACAACCCCCAGUGCCGCCUGGAGAAGGAGACGCGGCUCUGCAUGGUCCGGCCCUGCGACUUCCCCAUGGAGAAAACCAAGAAGGGGAAGAAGUGUGUGCGGACCCCAAAGCCGCGUCAGAGCCUCCACUUUGAGUUUUCGGGCUGCACCAGCACCCGUUCCUACCGGCCCAAGUUCUGCGGCAGCUGCACGGACGGCCGCUGCUGCACCCCGUACGUCACCAGCACCGUGGAGGUGGAGUUCCGCUGCCCCGAGGGGGACUUCUUCCAGCGGAAAAUGAUGUUCAUCAAGAUGUGCUCCUGCCACUACGACUGCCCCCGAGACAACGACAUCUUCCUGGCCACGUAUCACAGGAGGAUGAUUGGAGACCACGUCAAGACAGAGAGGCAGUAGCCCUCUCCAUGCCAGAUCCACAGGCCAAGGUGUCAAGAGGGCUCUGCAGCGCUUUCGUGGCUGUGUCCCAGGACAACACAGCCUCUUCCCCCUCUGUGAGGGGCUGUGCUCUUCAGAACAGCACCGUUCGGCACCAGUGGUCCCAGCAGCCUUGCUAACAAGCUGAGGUGUAUGGGGAAACAGCCCCAUCUGCCCCAGGCUCCUGACCUUCAUCCAUGGUGGUGCGAAGGUCACUGAAGGAACCAGAAACAGGCUUGAGCUGCAAACUUGAUCCAUGUUCCCACUGACCAGAUGGGAGAGUGGAUCAAAGCUGUGUGGCUCCAGCCUGUCUCCAGCUGAGAGCGCAGCGGGUACGAUCCCCUGUGGCCACUGGCCUGCCAAACCCACGCGGCAAACCCAGAGCGUGAGGCAGGAGAAGCCCAGGGGGCCUGAGCUAAAGCCGAGCUCUGCAGCCUGCAGAGUGGGGCUCUGCUGCACGUUGGUGCAAAGCUUCUCGGUGAGGAAAGCGGUCCUGGCCCCGUGCGGGGCUCCUGCUGAGAUUUUCAAUUAUUUUUGGCUAAUUGGAUCCAACAAGUUGGCAAAAGCUCUCCCCCAUCCUCGUGCCCACCUUCCACCCUCCCACGUGCUUUCCCGUCAGCAGCUUCGCUCCAGAGCAGUUUGCUCCGGGUGAGGCCAGAUCAAACGGGUGACCCGUUCUCCAGGAAGCUCAAGGCUGGGCUCAGCUCUUUCCCUGUUAAAUUCCUCUUCGCUUUGUGUGCCAGUGAGGGUGAUGGCGAAGACAAGGAAACAGUGAGUUGUGUAGUGUCACUGCAGGAGACGGAGCGUGGCUCAGGGCCUCCUCCUGAAGAUCUGAGCCCAGGAAGGAGUUUCUUUAUAGACGAAAGGGUUCAGCCAGGCUGCAGCUUUGCCUCUGACGCUGCAGGGCAGCGUUCCCUGUGGCCUGUUUCAGACCCGAGGAGCUCUCCCAGCAUGAAGUGGGGGCGAGCCAAGCUGCCAGUCUGAAACACGGCCCCUGAGGGUGCUGCUCCUGGCAGAUUUUACUGCCGUGACGAGCACGUCCUAUCGUCCCCUUUGAUAAUCUCUUCAGAAAUGGCUCUGGGGUGGGAGAGGGGCUGGACUUUGCUGGCUCGUGGUCCACAGUGGGGCUGCAGCUACGUUUUGGCUCCACAGUCUUUGCUUGUAGGUCACAAGUUGGAGGAACGCAGUUCAGCUCGGGUCUCCCUGGGGAGUUUAAGGCACUGGCAAGAAAACGACCCGUACCUGUAAAUGGAGCAGAUCUCUCCUGGAGUUACCGAGGCAGCGGCACAGAAAGCUGCCUGGCGCUGGGGUCUCCAGCGGUGGGGUUCCCUUCUCGCCACAGGCCUGUGCAGGGUCUCUCUGCCGUUAACGACGAGCUGGUUGCCGACCCAUAGCUCCAGGAGAGGCCGCCGGCACGGGAGUGGUCCCGUAAGCCCCCAGCCCGGCUGGCACGGCCAGCAGCAACGCAGCACCAUGCGCCCCGGCACCUCCGCGGUAUCUCCGGAGACUUAGCGGUUGUGUUCGGUCUCUGCCGAUUUUAGCAGAAACAGCCAGGUGAAGGCCCAAUCCCAUCCCAAACGUUCCCUGCCUUCACCCUUGUCCACUCGCUGGAAGUCACGAUGAAUUCCUGGCCCAGCCGGGCAGGAGCCGGGGCUGCGCCGCAGCGCCGAGGCUUUACCCCACCACAACUCCCACCCCAAAGCAGAACUUGCUGCCGGAGGAUAAUCCCAGCCACCGGGAUGCUGCCCCACAGCCCAUGGCUCCGCCUAAACGCCCGCUGGGGGCCUGGGCCUCGCCUCAGCCCCUCUCUUCUUGCUCUCUCAGCCUGCGGAAGCUCGUGAGCCUUCAGCCUCUCGUUACCUGUAAUCAAUUUGAACUGUAAAUAAUUUAUCUGAUGUUGUUUCUUUAUUUUUUAUUUUAAAAGGCUUUUGUACAGUUUUUGUACCCUUUUAGGACAACCUUGCCUCUUCUCCCCUCGCCCUUCAGGUCUGCUCUGAACUCUUCUCCUGCCGUUUACCCGGCUUCUGAGUGUAAAACUACGCUGAGGUUGCACUUUACUCAACGCUAAUAAACAUCUCUUUAUUUUUUAU